AUGCAGAGAGCAAUGUUUGUUCUUCUAAUACUCUCUGUUCCUCUCUCAAUCAUUUGGGCUAACACAGAGCAGAUACUCGUGCUCGUCCACCAAGAUAAGUCCAUUGCUAGUGUCGCUGGCUCGUACGCGAGGUACAUGAUCCCAAGUCUAUUCGCCUACGGACUACUCCAGUGUAUCAACAGGUUCUUGCAAGCGCAGAACAAUGUGUUCCCUGUCUUUGUCUGCUCUGGAAUCACCACUUGUCUUCACCUUCUUCUCUGUUGGUUGUUUGUGUUGAAGACUGGUUUAGGAUACAGAGGAGCUGCUCUCGCUAUCUCCGUCUCUUACUGGUUCAACGUCAUUCUCCUCUCAUGUUAUGUCAAGUUCUCCUCUUCUUGCUCGCAUAGCUGGACCGGGUUUUCAAAAGAGGCUUUUCAUGAGAUUUAUGAUUUUUCUAAAAUCGCUUUUCCUUCAGCAGUCAUGGUCUGUUUGGAGCUGUGGUCGUUCGAGCUUCUGGUUCUCGCUUCAGGUCUUCUUCCUAACCCGGUUUUGGAAACUUCGGUUCUUUCAAUCUGUCUAAAUACUUCACUAACAAUCUGGCAGAUCUCGGUUGGUCUUGGUGGUGCUGCGAGCAUAAGAGUGUCGAACGAACUAGGAGCAGGGAAUCCACAAGUGGCAAAACUGGCUGUAUAUGUCAUCGUAGGCAUAGCAGUCGUUGAGGGUAUCUUGGUCGUUACGGUACUGUUGUCGAUUAGGAAGAUCCUAGGUCGCGCUUUUAGCAGUGACCCGAAAAUCAUCGCAUAUGCUGCAUCAAUGAUACCGAUUGUGGCAUGUGGAAACUUCCUUGAUGGCCUCCAAUGCGUUCUCUCAGGGGUUGCUAGAGGAUGUGGAUGGCAGAAAAUUGGAGCGUGUGUGAAUCUUGGUUCAUAUUACCUUGUGGGAGUUCCUUUAGGCUUAUUACUUGGUUUCCAUUUCCACAUGGGUGGUCGGGGACUUUGGCUGGGAAUCGUAACAGCAUUGGCUGUCCAAGUGUUUUGUCUUUCUUUAGUCACUAUAUUUACAAACUGGGAGAAAGAGGCAAAAAAAGCAACAAAUAGAGUCGGCUCUUCAGAUGACAAAGGUGGUAACGUCGAAUGA